AUGUUCAACUGCUGUUCACAUGGAACCCUGCUCCACUUCGGCCUUCAAAGCUCUCGUUUGAAUAUUUGCUACUACCACCAAGAUCUGCACCUGCGGCGGCUCCACCCGGGCCCGCGCCCCAGGCUUCGAGGCUCACCGCAGCGGCCCUCCUACUCGUCGCGGCCUAGCCUCCCGCCCCCCCCCCCGCGAGGGAAGGGGGGGCUCCGCAUUGCCGGCGACGGCCGGAUCAACCAACACCUUUUCUGGGCUCUGAUGAGCGUCGGCAUCGGGCGCCUUAACCCGGCGUUCGGUUCAUCCCGCAGCGCCAGUUCUGCUUACCAAAAGUGGCCCACUGAGCACUCGCAUUCCACGGCGCGGCUCCACGCCAGCGAGCCGGCCCCCUUACCCAUUGAAAAGUUGUCUGACUUUCGGCACCGCCCCGCGCGCGCGGAGGGGCCGGGACCGCUCGCGUCGAGCGGCCCCUCGUCCGGCGAGGACGUCGCGCCUCGCUUGACCGCACGAGCACAACGCGCACGAGCGAAGGAGAGGCGGGGGGAAACCCCGCCGGGCUCCCGAGGACGACGCCGUAGGCGGGGAGCCCGCGCUCCCGGCCGAAUCCCCCCCUCCGGCGAUCGACGGCGCCGCGGGGGAGAAACGCGCCUCGCGCCGCCUCGAGAGGCGGUCCAGGCGCCCGGGCUCGGCCCGGCCUCCGCGCGGAGAGCGGCGGCGCGCGCCGGACCGCGCGCCGCCCGUCCUCCCGGCCCCGCCGGGACGACGCGCCCGCGGCGCGGGGCGCGACCCUCGGGCCGCGCUCGCCGCUCCUCCCUCGCCUUCGCGGCCGCCCGACGCCGCCGCCCCUCGGGGCCGCGGGCAGAGGCCGCCGCCUCGCCGGCGGACCGCCGCGCCGCCCGGACGAGCUCGGCGGACGGCUCCGCCGCCUCCGCCGCCGGCCGGGCGGGUCGGCGCCGGCAACCCGAGCCGGCGUCGGCAGCGCCCGAGGCCGGCCGGACGACGGCCCGCCGCCGCCGCUGGCGCGGAGGCCCUGCCGGCACCACCGCCGCCGCCGCUCGGCAACCCUCGACCCCCUUUCGGCGGCCGCGCGCCCGGCGGAAGGCGGGCGGCGCUCGGCCGGGGGGGACGAGGCCCCCUCGGCCGCCGCCGCGCCGCUUCGCCGCGGGCGCGGCCCCCGGCCGGGGCGACGGGCGAGCGACAAGCGGGGCCCGGCACGGCGCUACCGCCGACGGCGGCGGGCGACCCCCGGCCGACCGUCCCCGCUCGGGGGACACGCGCCGAGCGGCGACGCCGCCGCUCGGAAGCCGGCGCCCUCCGCGGACGGACGGCCUGCGGGGACGGGGACGCCGCCCGCCGGCGCUCGCCCGGGCGGGCGGGCGGUCGCGCGGCUCGGCGGCGGCCGCCUGCCGCCGCCUCGGGGGGGAGGCCGACGGCCGCGAGACGAGAAAGGAGCGCGGCGGGCCCGGCGGCCGCCACCCGCGCCGCCCCCGGCGGAGGGCACGCGCCCUCCGCCGCGGCGGCGGUCGCCCGUGGCGGGGGGGGCGGGCGGGACGGCGCGCGGCCGACCGCGCGCCGCCGCCGUCUUCUCCGCCGAGACCGGACCGCGGAGCGGGGGGGGCAGGGGGCCCCGCCCCGGCACGGCCGCCCGCGCGGCCGGCGGGACGAGCGCGGCCGGCGGACGCGGCCACCACCGCAGGGGAUCGGCGGGACCCCGGGGGGGGCUCGCCGGUCGCCCGGGCGCCGAGCGCUAGGUACCUGGCCCUGGGACGAGGGAAACGACCUGCAUGGCCCCGCGGGGGUGCCUCCCCCGCUGCCGCCCUCGGGGGAGCGUCCGCCCGCGGGGGCGCGCCCGACGUCCGCCACCACCACCGCCGCCUCCUGGCUCGGGGACCGGGGUUUCCCUCAGUAGCCCGGCACCGCACCCGAGAGGACGCCUGCGGCUCGGACCGCCCCGCCGGCGCGGGGACGGCCGACCGGCGACGGAGCUCGCCCCGCGCGCCACACGCGCCGACGACGGACGGCGGCGGACCGCCGCCGCCGCCGCCGGCGCGGAGGACCGCGCGCGGCCCGGAACGCCCCGCCCGGGCCCUCCUCGCCCCGCCGCCCCUUGGGCCCGCUGCGGGCGGAGGGUCGGAGGAGCCGCCUCCCCGGAAGGCGCCCCGGCGCCCCCCCUUCGCUUUCUCGCUUUCGGCCGUCGCUCGCCGGGCGCCGGCGGCGCCGCUCGCUCCGCGCGCGCCCCGGGGGCCGCCCGCGCUCGCCGCUUCCGAGCCCCCCCCCGCCCGCUCGCCCGCGCGCGCGGGGGGAAGGACGGGGAAGCGACCGAGGCGCCGACGGGCGGGGCGCGGCGGUGGCGGCGGCGGCGGGACGCCGGCCGCCGAGCGACGAAAGACGAGAAAAAGAGGGGCGCGCGGCGCGCCCUCCGGCGGCGGCCCCGCCGGGGACCCCUGGCCGCCCGCAGCCGGCGGGCCGGCGCGGAGGAGAGGGCCGCGGGCUCGGGCCAACUCGGAGCCGCGGCGCGGCCCGGCGGCCCGGCGCGGACGGCGUUCGGCGGCGCCGCCCGCCCGGGCUCGCCGCUGCCGGCGGGGACGAGGGCUCCGGCCGGCCGGCCGCGCCCCGCUCUCCGGCGGGGGACGGACCGGCGACGGACCGGCGCGGAGGGGAGGGCCGGCCUCCGGGGCGGCGAGCGCGCAGCUGCCGACCUUCGGCCGCCCGGCCGCGACGCGCGGUCAAAGCGGGGAGGGCCCCGCCCGCGCGCGCGGGGACGGGCGCGCGGCGCUCGUCGCCGCCGGCGGCCGCCUCUCCCCCCACGCGGGCCGCGCGCCUCGGCCGCCCCGCUCUUUCUCUCUCGCCUGCCGGGGCGCGGCGCGCGGCUCCAACGGGAAGCGGCGUGGCCCCGCCGCGCCCCCCCCAACCUCCUCCCUCGACGGGAGGCGGCGGCGGCGGCAACGGCGGGGACCGAGCGUUCGAGUCAGCGGGCGCGACGAGGCGCGGCACGGCGCGGCGCGCGCCGACGCCGGCGGCCUCGCGGCCCCCCGGUAA